AUGACGACUCCGUUCCCUCUCUUACGCUUACCAUGGCUAGCUCUGGUUCCUGUUUUUGAACAAAUGGAGCAAAUAGACGUAAUUGCAUUCUCGCUUCUUUCCAAAAGGGCCAAAAAUUUGUCAAAAACCCUUCGCAAAAUAUCUGCCGGUUCUAUCAAUAUAACUGUUAGGAGUCAUUAUCCUCGUAUCACAAUUAAUUUGAGAGAUGAUACAUCAGUGGGGCUCAGCUUGUACACGGAGAAAGUUCCGAAUGCCGCCAACCGAUGUGGGGUUCUAAACAAAACAAUGUCAUGUGAAAAGGGGUCUAUCACUGUCGCGAAAUUGGUUGAGCGAAUUGCUAGCGUUACUAGUUGCGAAUCGCUUGAAUAUGUGGUACUCAGGGGACCUCUACAACUAGAAGUGUGCGAUACUCUCGCUUUGCUGACAAAACUCGGUCAAUUAAUCAUCGUGCAUGACUGUUCCGAUAGUUUUGCAAAGAAAGCUCUGAAAAUCGUCUCGCCAGUUACCACGGAGAUUACAUUGUACCGAAUUCCUUUCGAGACCAAAUAUGGGUUUCAGAAUUUCUUGAAGAGCAAUUUGAACUAUUUGUAUAUUUACAAUUGUUUCUCGAGGUUCACUCUUGACGACCUUCUAGUCACAAACGCACUCAAACUGAAAUUGAUACAAGUCAAGUUGAAAGCCAGGGAUAUCAGUCAAUUUCUUACAAAAUGGUUUCACAGCAAACACAACUCUCGACUAGAACAUCUGUCAUUGUUUUUAGACGAAGUUGUCAAUGAAAUGUGCCUUCCGAGAGUACUGAAGGCUGUUCCAUUUCCAAGAAACCGAGAGAGAACGUUCUUUUAUUCAAAGCAACUAGACACUUCAUCAGAAUCGUUUUGUGGAGGAUAUGAUAUCAAAAGAACAGAUGGGAAGAAGGCCACAAUUUUGUUUCUAGCCGGUCACGGACUGUCGUUUAUUGAUUUUUACUUUUGGCGAUGA